AUGGGAGUUCCGAUGCUCUGCUGGCCUUACUUCGCUGAUCAGUUUCUGAACAGCACAUAUGUUGUAGAUGUGUGGAAGGUGGGGCUGCGUUUGGAAGCCAAUAAUGAUGGGUUAGUGGAGAAAGAGGAGAUUAGAAAAGUAAUUGAGAGAUUAGUUGCUACGGAAGAAGGCAGGAUAAUCAGAGAAGAAAUGAAAAAGUGGAGUAGCACGGCGAAGAGUACAGUGAAAGAAGGGGGGUCGUCUUCCACAAACUAUAAGCUGUUUGUCAAUGCCAUGAUGAAAUCAAGAUUUGUAAGAAUGUCUGCUUGUUUGGAAAAGAUGAGUUCCGGUAACUGUAAAACAAAGAUGCCCCAUGCCCUUCUCAUUCCAUUUCCUGCACAGGGUCACAUAAAUCCCAUGAUGCAACUUGCUUGGAAGCUCGUCUCUGAUGGAUUUUUCAUCACCUUCCUCAACACCGACGUCAAUCAUCAGAGAAUAAUUAAAGCCAACAAGGACAAAGACAUGCAAAAUAACGGCGAUAAGAUCAGAAUGAUUUCUGUUCCUGGAGGACUGCCGCCCAAGAAAGUGGCUGAACUCCAUCAUAUUUCGCUGGCGGGUUUUCAUACAUCUCUUGUCUCCACCUUCGCCAUUCGCUACUUCAGUCCCAAGCUUGUCUCACUUGGGAUUCUUCCUUCCGAUGGCAUUCCAGAGGACGAUAUGGUUCAAAAGUAUCUUCCAUCUAUGCCGCCACUGCAGUCUGCUCAUCUGCCAUGGUUUUCCGGAGGUGAAUACUUGUUUAGGCACGGGAUUCGCAUGGCAAAAGAAGUGGCUAAGAUCGAAUGGAUCCUGUUCAACACGAUUUACGAGCUAGAAGGUGGUGUAGCUGAUGAUUUGUCCAGAGAAAUGGGCGUGUUUCCCAUAGGUCCCUUAAUUUCCCCCGAGUUUCUGAACGGCGACAGAAAGAUAUCGACCACGGCAAGCAUUUGGGAAGAUAACAUGGAAUGUUUGGAGUGGUUAGAAAAACAGUGUGAGCAAUCUGUCAUCUAUGUGGCUUUUGGGAGUCAUGGAAUUUUGAAUAACCAGCAAGUGGAAGAGCUUGCUUUGGGGCUGGAAGCUGCCCAGAGACCAUUUCUGUGGGUUGUGCACUCGGAUGUAAUGAAUGGGACCAUUGGCGGUCUGCCUGCGGGAUUCCUGGAUCGGGUUGACGAUAGAGGUUGCAUAGUAUCUUGGGCUCCACAGUUAAGGGUACUGUCACAUCCUUCCAUAGCUUGUUUUGUGACCCACUGUGGAUGGAAUUCUGUACAGGAGAGCAUCACCAUGGGAGUUCCAAUGCUAUGCUGGCCUCACUUCGGCGAUCAAUUCAUCAACAGCACAUAUGUUGUACAUGUCUGGAAAGUGGGGCUGCCUUUGAAACUCAAUAAUGAUGGGUUAAUAGAGAAAGAGGAAUUUAGGAGAGCGAUUGAGAGAUUAGUUGCUACAGAAGAAGGCAGGGCAAUCAGAGAAGAAAUGAAAAAAUGGAAUAGCAUAGCAAGGAAUACAGUGAAAGAAGGGGGAUUGUCUUCCACCAACUAUAAUCUAUUUGUCAAGGCCAUGAUGAAAUAA